UCCUGGCUGCUGGGCACGAAAACGGUCCCUUCCAGACGUAAUAUGGUUUAGUAUUCGCUUUAAGGUGGUUGAAGGGAUUCCUAUUGGUUGUUCUCUAGUAGCACUGGCGUGCGAAGAGCUAGACUAUGUCAGAGCACAGCCGGAGAACUGUACGUCGUGGCUUGCAUUGUGAUCCGCUGUUCGGCCUUUUACAUAAAAGGGCCGCACAAUCAGAGAUAAUGGACAUUGAAUUGAAUUCCAUCGCGUCCAGUAAAAUCCAAUUUUUACAGUAAGUAAAUAUUUUGUCUGACCGUUUCAUGGGUAUUUAUUGCGACUCUCGGUCACGCAAGACUUUACUGUCCCCCACUCAAAUGGACACUGCUGAAGAACGUCGAGCCGCGCAUAACGCUAGUAGUCGUCGCAGCUAUGCGAAGCACCGCGACUCGAUCAACCAAAGACGACGAGACAUCUAUAAACAGAAGAAGGGCCAAAGAAACGGAAGCAGUCUCGAACCGCUGGACGGUCGACAAGGGGCACGCCCCAUUGAAAUUGAAGUCAACAGCGGUCAGCCACACACCCAGCGCUCUGCAACGCUGACUGAAGCAAUGGACCAGAUUAUUCGCCUCUCCGCAAGAUUCGGGAUACUUACACUGGGUUCACCGCGACGCCACGCCGACAUCAUCUAUCGGGAGUAUCAACGAAGUGUCACUGUUCAUCGCCCCCAAGGCUUCCGCAGUCUCCUGGACGAAGCAGUUCUUGAAAUGUCUUCCCUCGAGCAGUCUCUGCUGGAGCAGAAUCGCGUUAUUUUGAAUUCCGCCAGUAGUGGGAAUGAGAUGGAGAAGCUUCACGCGGUACUGGAUCCAGUCCGAAUGUUGGUGGGCUGGUUGGAAGAAAUACAUUUCGAGGCUAUGAUCAGUCCUGUCAAUCUGAGGGCAAAGUAUCUUCGUAGAGAGCUCGCUUUUCUGAAAUAUGAUUGAGGAAGCGGCAUGGAUUUCUUGAAUUACUAAUAGGCACCUCUCCCUCUCUUCGUUAUUCUAGUCUGUGUCUGUUGUAUGCGACGAGUCCAGCCAUACAAGCCAAUCAAUUCAAGUUUGGCAUACGUCUUCCAUGGCCCCUCAGACUGUAGUUCGCUCUCCUGCUUAUUUCGUAGACCUGUCUGCUUGCAAGUCCUUCACUAAGAUGACGUUCUAGCCAUCCAACGAUCCUAUGAUUACGCCUCUUCUACAUU